AUGUCUGUUGCUUUCGAUUUCAAUAUUUCUGCACAGGAGUUUGCUGAUAUGCUACCGACCGGUGUUGCAAUUCUCGAUCAAAAUGACGAGUCAAUCAUGGUGAAUCGGCGCUUCCGAGAACUUAUGACCUGCUCAAGCGCUAGGUCAUUCGAGUGCUGGUCACAGUCAAUUCACCCAGAUGAUUUUGACCGAAUAGCCUCUGCGUAUUUUGAGACCACACGCUCUAAGCGUGCCCUUCGCAUCGAGUUUCGCACUCACAGCCGAAUACCUUUGUGGCGAGUUCUGGCGUUGGCUCCGUUAGAUGAAGUUGAUAUGCACCGGCUCAAUCUAAUCAAUGGUGGCUUUAUAUGCACUAUAGCAGAUAUUACCCACGAAAAGACAGCCGAACUUUUGCAAGUGGAAAUUGCACGAGAAGCACAAGAACGCAAGCAACAACAGGAACGUUUCAUUGAUAUGAUCAGUCAUGAAGUCCGAAAUCCGCUUUCUGCUAUUCUUCAUUGCACAGAGGAUAUACUUGAAGCUGUACAGAACAAAGGAAGCAGUGGACUACCUGUGGCAGACAUUGCACAAGCAGCAGAAACAAUAAGCUUCUGCGUUGCACAUCAAAAGAAGAUCGUCGACGAUGUUCUUACAUUUUCGAAGCUAGACGCAUCGAUGUUGACCUUGUCACCGCGAAGAGAUCAACCGAAACGACACUUUGCACGAACAUUGUCUAUAUUUCGCCCGGAGCUUCGGAAGCAAGACAUUCAGUUUGAGUUCAAACUUGACAAUUCUUACUCAGAAUGCGGGAUUGAGUGGGUGUUAGCCGAUUUAAGCCGGAUGGGCCAGGUUCUUAUCAACCUGGUUUCCAAUGCUAUCAAAUUCACUGCAAAAGCGGAUAGUAAGAGAGAAAUCAGAGUCUCCAUGGGCGCCUCCACGAAGCGGCCGCCAUCUUACCCUCCUAAUGUUGUAUUCUUUGAACCUAGCGAAAGUGCACUUCGCCUAGAUGCCACUAGCGCACCUGAGUGGGGAGAGGGCCAAGUCGCGUAUGUGAUGGUUGCCGUGAAGGAUACCGGGAUUGGUAUUAGUGACCAAGACCAAAAGCGACUAUUUGAGCGCUUUAACCAAGCGACACCCAGAACUGAAAGCGUUUAUGGUGGCUCUGGUCUUGGCCUAAAUGUGAGCAGAAAACUUUGCCACCUUCAUGGUGGAGAAAUCGGCGCAAGCUCAAAGGAAGCUGAGGGAAGCACGUUUGGUUUCUUCUUCAGAGUCCGGCGGGAGAAUGAGCCAUAUAAUCCCGUUCUACCUAAUUACGACAAAUCCGAAAUUGAUCAGUUAUGUGGUGGGAUCCAAGAACUAAGCAAUAAGAUUAUCGGGGUCAAUGACCGGACGAAGUCUCCUGAAAUAUCAGAGAAUCCCGUUGUCACUCACAUUGCGGAAAUAGCACCAGGGGCUGCGAGUGACGACAAAUACAUACAUACGUUGGAGAUAGCUCACCAAGCUAAGUCUAAUAAGCCUUCUGCGAGCGAGCACGAACUCCUGCACGAUGAUCCCAAUGUGAACAGAACUUCGAAAAGUCCAGAAGGGUCCGCCGUACUUGGCGGGAAAGCUGAUACGAAUCUUCGACAUGUCCUCGUGGUGGAAGAUAAUAUAAUCAAUCGACAAAUCGUUUCUAGAAAAUUGCGAUCCUUGGGAUUUCAUAUCUCGGAGGCGACGAACGGCCAACAGGCCUUGAAUGCUGUCCAACGCGAGGAAUUUGACUGCAUCCUCAUGGACCAAGAAAUGCCAGUCAUGGAUGGAAACUCCGCAACUAUGGCAAUCCGCAAUCUUGAUCGUGCAGCGGAUACCCCUAUCCUUGGGGUCACUGCAAAUGUGAGGGCGAGUCAACAAAAAGAGAUGUUGCAGGCUGGUAUGGACGAUAUUAUCCAUAAGCCGUAUCGUACGAAUGACUUGUUUGAGAAGAUAAAUCAACUGAUAGUACUUAGGUCGAAGAAAUAA